AUGCAGCGUUUUAGCAUGGGUAUGACUUUCAACGUUAGUUCAUCGCGGGGAUGUGGAUCGCAGAUUGAUACGAUUGAGAAGAGUCACGCUAGUUUGACAUCUGUUCCUGAUGAGGUUCUUAGAAGUUAUCGGACUCUUGAAGAAUGUAAACUUGAUGCUAAUCAAAUCAAGGAAUUACCUAGCGCUUUCUUUAGACUUGAAAAAAUUCGCAUCCUUUCGAUGAGUGAUAAUGAACUCACUCGUAUACCACCUGCAAUUGGAAAUUUUUCAAAUCUUGUUGAACUUGACAUUAGUCGGAAUGAUAUCAAUGAGCUCCCUACUAGUUUAAGACUCUGCGAUUCACUACAAAUUUUGGAUGCGAGCAAUAAUGCACUUAAAACGUUGCCAGAUGGCUUUUCUCAACUUCGGAGUUUACGUGUUCUAAGCUUGAAUGAUGUUUCUCUCUACGAUCUACCUUCUGAUUUCGGUGGUUUAAAGAAUUUGCAAAAGUUGGAGUUGCGCGAUAAUUACUUGAACAGCCUCCCCAAUACUUUUGGUGAGCUUUCUUGUUUGGAAUUCUUAGAUCUUGGUGGAAACGACUUUGUCACAAUUUCUGCUUCCAUUGGCAAUUUACACAAUCUUCUUGAACUAUGGCUUGAUGGCAAUCAAUUGACCUCCCUCCCGGAUGAAAUCGGAAAUCUUCACUCUCUUACACAAAUGGAUGUUUCGGAAAAUCGACUCACUGCCCUUCCCUCUACUAUAUCCGGUUUGACCUCUCUUUCCGACCUCAAUUUGACUCAAAAUUACCUCGACGCCCUCCCAGAUGAAAUAGGUCAAUUGGUGAAUCUUACCGUCUUUAAGCUGAACCGUAAUCAACUGGUUGAUCUGACUCCUUCUAUUGGAAAGUGUCAAAACCUCCUGGAGUUUUAUCUUACUGAGAACUAUCUAUCCGCCCUUCCAAGUACUAUUGGCAAUCUUACAAAAAUGUUUCAUUUCAAUGUGACCAAAAACCAGCUUUGCGAAUUGCCUCCUGAGAUUGGCGAAUGUGUGUCCAUGGAAAUCCUUUCUCUUCGGGAUAACAAUCUCCAACGAAUUCCAUCUGAAAUCGGCAAUCUUACUCAAUUGCACGUUUUGGAUGUAGCUGGUAAUCGGUUGGAUCGACUUCCAGUAUCUUUAACUUCCUGUCCGCUGAAAGCUCUAUGGUUGGUGCAGAGUCAAGCUCAGCCUAUCUCUCUUCAACGGGCUGUAGAUGAGAUCACUGGAGAAGAAUACCUAACCUGCUAUCUCUUGCCUCAAGAAACUGAUGGAAGUAAGUCCGCUAAUUCUAUUUUGACUUCAUUUGCGCAUGGGUUCGAUUGU